CCCCUCCGUCGGCGGGCGCCAUGUUGGUCGGCCCCGGCCGCUUGUGGCCGCUGUGUGUGUGUCGCCUGUUGAGGGUCCAGUGCAGGCGGCUGCGAUGGGAGCAGCAGCAACGCCACCACCACAGCGGGCCGAAAGAGCCUUCAUCGGGUCGGAGAAGAGAAGAAGGAGCAUCUGGGAGAGAGGACAUCUAUGAUCCGACCAAAUUCCCUGUAGAAAAUAUUAGAAAUUUCAGCAUCAUAGCACAUGUAGACCAUGGGAAAAGUACACUAGCAGACAGACUACUGGAAAUAACAGGGGCAAUUGUCAAGACUGAUCGCAACAAGCAAGUACUGGAUAAAUUGCAAGUGGAACGUGAACGAGGUAUCACUGUGAAGGCACAGACAGCAAGUCUAUUUUAUCACCAUGAAGGAAAGACCUAUCUCUUAAACCUCAUUGAUACACCAGGUCAUGUGGAUUUUAGCUAUGAAGUUUCUCGAUCAUUGUCUGCUUGUCAGGGUGUACUGCUGAUAGUGGAUGCCAAUGAGGGAAUUCAAGCACAAACUGUGGCAAACUUCUUCCUCGCAUUUGAAUCGCAGCUAAAGAUAAUCCCAGUGAUAAACAAGAUUGAUCUCAAGCAUGCUGAACCUGACAGAGUUGCAAAUCAGAUUGAAAAGGUCUUUGAUAUUCCUAAAGAGGAAUGCAUUCUGAUUUCAGCCAAACUUGGGACAAAUGUAGAUAAAGUUUUGGAAAAGGUGGUUAAAAAAAUUCCUCCACCAUGUGCAAAUCUUUCAGACCCAUUGCGAGCUUUGGUAUUUGAUUCUACAUAUGACCACUACAGAGGAGUCAUAGCCAGCAUUGCACUGUUUGAUGGAUGUGUGCAAAAGGGUGACAGAAUAAUGUCAUCGUACACGAAGAAGGUGUAUGAAGUUAAUGAAGUUGGAAUCCUGAGGCCUGAUCAAUAUCCAGUAGAAAAACUGCACGCUGGACAAGUGGGCUAUUUAGUUGCUGGAAUGAAGGAGGUGAAGGAGGCUCAGGUUGGAGACACAUUUCAUUUACAGAAACAACCUGUGGAGCCACUAACAGGGUUCAAACCUGCUAAACCAAUGGUCUUUGCAGGAAUGUACCCCAUUGAUCAAUCUGAGUAUACCAACUUGAGAAAAGCUGUGGAGAAACUAACACUAAAUGAUUCUAGUGUGACAGUCCAUCGAGAUAGCAGCCCAGCCCUGGGAGCUGGCUGGAGAUUGGGUUUUCUCGGACUUCUGCACAUGGAAGUAUUCAAUCAACGCUUGGAGCAAGAGUAUAAUGCUUCAGUUAUUCUUACUGCCCCCACUGUUCCAUACAAGGCGGUUCUGUCAUCAAGCAAACUGAUCAAGGAAUACGGAAAAGAAGAAAUUACAAUUUUAAAUCCAUGCCAUUUUCCUGAUAGAUUGCAAGUUAGAGAAUAUUUGGAACCAGUAGUUACUGGCACCAUUCUCACUCCUGAUGAUUACAUUGGGAAAAUAAUAUCACUGUGUCAGAGUCGGAGAGCAGUUCAGAAGAAUAUGGUUUAUAUUGAUGAUCACAGACUGAUGAUGCAGUACCUUUUUCCACUAAAUGAAAUUGUGGUAGAUUUCUAUGACAGCCUGAAAUCUCUCUCUUCAGGAUACGCCAGUUUUGACUAUGAAGAACUAGGAUACCAGGUAGCUGACCUGAUUAAGAUGGACAUUUAUCUAAAUGGAAAGUGUGUGGAGGAACUUGCGACAAUUGUGCACAGGGAAAAGGCUUAUUCUACUGGUAAAGCAAUAGCAGAACGUUUAAAAGACACAAUACCUCAGCAACUCUUUGAAAUUGCCAUCCAGGCCGCAAUAGGCAACAAGGUUAUAGCAAGAGAAACUAUUAAAGCAGUAAGGAAGAAUGUAUUGGCAAAAUGUUAUGGUGGGGACAUAACCCGUAAAAUGAAGCUUCUGAAGAGGCAAGCUGAAGGAAAGAGAAGAAUGAGAAAAAUUGGCAAUGUGGAGAUACCAAAAGAUGCCUUUAUAAAUGUACUAAAGAGACAAAACGACAAAUAGAGUAAAAUGUAUAUAGAGAACCACAUUCCUUUCUGUUCAAACCUAUUUAUUUAUCUCAUUAUUAUCUAAAAUAUGUCAUUGAUGGUUUAAGCUUUCUACAUCAAUGAUUGCACUUCAAAAGAAAUUUAGAAUGGUAAGGUGUAUAUAAAUGCAAGUACUUCACCAUGUGCUAUACUUAGAACAUUGCGAGCAGCCCCAAUGAUCAUUAUCUAAGGGCUGUAACUGGGAGUGAAGUCUUCAUGGAUUAUCCAUUUAUUUGCUUACUGUUCAAACUUUUGAUUUGGCUCAUUACUGGAAACUGCUAAUGUAAAUGGAUCCUGGGUUCAGUGAAUUAUAUUCAUUUGUUCUCCAUAAGGUGGAUCAAUACAAUAAAAUUACGUUGACUGGUUCAAUGUUAAUUACCUGAGGUUUACUUUUGCAAAAAUAUUUAUUUUUCUGUCAAAUGAAUGAAUUUUUAAAGUGAGAUAUAUAGUGUCAAUAAACAAUUCUAAUUCUAAUUUAAA